GUUUGGCCGGUAAAGGGGUCCGCUAUAAAAUGAGGGUAGUGAACGCCCAGCUGGGAGCGAGAGGGGAUUGGUAGUUUGUGCAUUGGAGAGCGCCAUUUUUUUUAAUUAAAAUUUUUCUUUUUUCAAUGGCUAUUGACCAUAACGCCGCAGUUUGAUGGUUUCCGACUUUACUCCGGUGUUCUUCUGGCGAUUUCAGCCGUGUUUACGGAGGUUUCUUUGACAAGAUCCUGACGAUCCGGUGAAGUUGUGGAUAGUCGGUGGUCGAUUGAAGCGAGCUUAGCUACUUAUGGCCUUUGUUGAAGGCGGUAAAAGUGAGAAGGUGGAAUCGGGAAUAUGGCGGGGCGUUUGUUGCAAUGGGAACUUUUAGAACAUUCCUUCUUUCGAUUCCGAGUAACUUACUUUGAUCUGGAGUAGUGUUGGCUUAGAUCCGUCAGGCAUUCCCGGGAAUGUUGGAUCGAGAGAUGCAUGAAACGCGGGAGAUGAGCAGGUCAGCGAAGCUAGCAGAGCUUCUAUUGCUUCUGAAGCAUUCCUUUGAAAAUCCACCGGGAGAAAAGGCUUUGAUAACGACUAAACCUGAAAAAAUGUUUGUUAUUCAAAGAUUUUUUCCUCAACAGUCUUUUAAUUCCCUAGAGCAGGAACCAAGUUCUUUUAAGCAGCAUUUACUGGCGUACAUGAUUUUGGCCAACAAUUGGAGCCUUUUGAUAGAGAUGAAGAUAUACCUAUUUGGAAUUUACUUGAGUAUUUCUGAUCAGGACUGCACAAUACUACUAAAGAAAAAAAUAACAGUUAGAACACAGCCUGGAAUUGGUUACAGUAGGCAAAGAACUAAUGACUGUCUUAUUCCUGGCGUUCCUGAUGAUGUUGCUCUUGAAUGUUUGGCUUUGACUUCUAGAUCUGACUACUCUUCACUUGCUUGUCUAAAUAAAAGCUUUAAUUUAUUAAUUGGUAGUGGGUAUCUAUACAAGUUGAGAAGAGAGCUUGGCAUCAUUGAGCAUUGGGUAUACUUAGCUUGUAGUUUAAUGCCAUGGGAGGCGUUUGAUCCCAUUCGACUGAGGUGGAUGAGGCUACCAAUAAUGCCUUGUGAUGACUGCUUCUCUUAUGCAGAUAAGGAGUCUCUUGCUGUGGGAACUAAACUUCUGGUAUUUGGGAGGGAAUUGACAGGUUUUGCCAUUUGGAUGUUUUGCUUAGUAAUGCGGGGUUGGUGUCGGUGCCCACUCAUGAAUCUACCACGCUGUCUGUUUGGAUCCGGCAGCUCUGGAAAAAUUGCCAUUGUUGCUGGUGGAAGUGAUAAGAAUGGCCAAAUUUUAAAAUUUGCAGAGCUGUACGAUUCAGAGCUAGGUAGAUGGGAAACCUUACCUGAUAUGAACUUGCCUAGGAAAAUGUGUUCUGGGUUCUUCAUGGAUGGAAAAUUUUAUGUUAUAGGGGGUAUGUCAAGCCAUACUGAUUCCUUAACAUGUGGUGAGGAGUUUAAUAUUCAGACAAGGACUUGGAGAAGGAUUCCAAAUAUGUAUCCUGGUGAUAACAGGGCGACUCACCAGUCUCCACCUCUAGUUGCUGUUGUAAAUAAUCAGCUUUAUGCUGCUGAUCAAUCUACAAAUGAAGUUAAGAAAUAUGAUAAAGUAAAUAAUACAUGGAAUGUUGUGAAGCCUUUACCUGUUAGAGCUGAUUCACAUAAUGGUUGGGGUCUUGCAUUCAAGUCAUGUGGUGAAAGGCUAUUGGUGAUAGGCGGACAUAGGGGGCCUCAAGGUGAAGUUAUUGUACUGCAUUCUUGGUGUCCGGAGGACAGAAAUAAUGGUGCAGAAUGGGAUGUACUUUCUGUGAGAGAGCGAGCUGGUUCUUUUGUUUACAAUUGUGCAAUAAUGGGAUGCUAAAGGAAGUUUUACUUUUUGGGCACAGUAAUCUGAGAACUUAAGUGGGUAAGGUAGUUGUCUCAUUUAAUUGGUGUAGCAGCAUUUCUCGGUUCUUUUCUUUUCUUUUCUGUGCACCUGUACUAUAAAUGUGUAGGUAUCAUUUGCAUUACAUUUGCUCUUUUUGUUCAAAAACAUUUAGAUUUUUCACGGAGAUUUUUUUUUGUCUCCCUUCUCAUUUUAGUAUUUUAAUGCUUCCUCUUUCUCAUUUUGUCCCUUAACUCUAAUUUAGAACUUCCAUUUACAUGGACCUAUAGAAUGUUAUAACA